AUGUUGUGUACAAGGCCAGAUAUUGCCAAUGCGGUUAGUUUGACUAGCCAAUAUCAAUCCAAUCCAGGUUCAGAACACUGGAUGAUAGUUAAGAAAGCUGAGUAUAUUGCGGCAUCUGAACUUGGCGUGGUCCCUACCAUUAAGUCGGCGGUUCCUCUUUUUUGUGACAACAAUGGUGCUAUAGCCCAGGGAAAGGAACCCUGGUCUCACCAAAAAUCCAAACACAUAGAAAGGCGCUAUCAUAUCAUACGAGAGAUUGUUGGAAAGAUAGAUGUGAUCAUUGUAGGGUUGUUAUAUACCUCUUAUUUUGCUGGUUCAUUCAUCCUUGUUCCUUAG